UCUGUCGCGCAACGCAGAGGCAGGCUAGCCGACCUUCUCCUCUCGAGUCCUAAGCAGUCAAAGAGUGAAGAUGGUUGGCGGCUCGUGCGCUCGCAGGUUGGCUCGCCGCUCGCGUUCCGCCUUGAUAGCGGCUCUCACCGUGCUGCUGGUCCAGACGCUGAUAGUGUGGAACUUCAGUAGCCUCGAUUCCGGGGAAGAACGGGAAAACGGCGGCGGUGGCGCGUCGAACAUGAGGGAGAAGAGAGACCGGGUCGGCGGCGGUGGCUACAAAGGCAGCAGCGAGUAUAUGAAGCGCGAGGUUCAGCUACAGCACCAUCCUCCACAAGGGAAAGGGACGGUUCGUCACAUACAGCAGCCGGAUGGCUACUAUUCCCACCGCCCCAAGGAGAAAGUCAGAGUGGACAGCAACAAUGAGAACUCUGUGCCCAAAGACUUUGAGAACAUAGACAAUAGUAACUUUGGCGCCCGUUCGCAGCCCCAGCGCCAUCCCCCAGGGGGCGCUAACAGUAACAAACGCAGGGAGAGGCUGCAGGAGAAGGCCCAUGGCGAACAGGCAACCUGGAAGGAUAACGCUCCGAUUCUCAGCCGGAGCUCCAACGAGGUCCUCCAGUACGGACGAGCCGUAGCCCAGAAUGGCUCACUUCCUGUGGGCCCGAAAGCGGUUGGAGCCGGGGUGGACUCCAGGAACCACCACCGCCGCUCUUCACAGCCACAGAGCCAGGGUCAGGCUCAGACUUACCCCCAAUCGCAGUCCCACCCCCAGACUCAACAUAGACACCAACACCCGCAUCAAACCAGGAAGCAGGCGACUGCGGCUCCAUUGGAGGUUGUUUACGACCAGCCGCCCAAGUGUGAGAUCAGUGGGAAGGAAGCCAUUUCAGCUCUGUCCAGAGCCAAGACCAAGGAGUGCCGGCAGCAGAUAGCUGAAGUGUACUGUAGACACAAGGAAGGUCAACUGAUGCCUGAGAAGGUCACCCGCUACUGUCCCAUAGAGGGUAAGGCCAAUGCCAACGUGGCGUGGGAGGAGGACUCGUCAGAGGGCCCACCGUCGGCCCCCGUCAGGAUAGCCUUCGUCCUGGUGGUCCACGGCAGAGCCUCACGACAGUUCCAGAGACUUUUCAAGGCCAUCUACCACACCUCACACUACUACUAUAUACAUAUAGACCAGCGCUCCAACUACCUUCACAGACAGGUGCAGGCCCUGGCCUCCCAGUACCCCAACGUGAGGGUGACACCCUGGAGGAUGGCUACCAUCUGGGGCGGUGCCAGCCUGCUCACCAUGUACCUCCGCAGCAUGGCAGACCUCAUCACCAUGACCGACUGGAGCUGGGACUUCUUCAUCAACCUCAGCGCUGCAGACUACCCCAUCAGAACCAACAGCCAGCUGGUGGCCUUCCUGUCCAAGUACAGAGACAUGAACUUCAUCAAGUCCCACGGCAGAGACAACGCCAGGUUUAUCCGCAAACAAGGUCUGGACCGGCUUUUCUUUGAGUGCGACACCCACAUGUGGCGACUUGGCGACCGCAAAAUCCCAGAAGGCAUUUCUGUGGACGGCGGUUCUGAUUGGUUCCUGCUCAAUCGUCCAUUCGUGGAGUACGUUAUAAACUCCCAAGACGACCUGGUCACCAACAUGAAGCGCUUCUAUACCUACACACUGCUGCCCGCCGAGUCGUUCUUCCAUACGGUGCUGGAGAACAGUGCUCACUGUGAGAGCAUGGUGGACAACAACCUGCGCAUCACGAACUGGAACAGGAAGCUGGGCUGUAAGUGUCAGUACAAACACAUAGUGGACUGGUGCGGCUGCUCCCCCAACGACUUUAAACCUGCCGACUUUCACCGCUUCCAGCAAACGUCCCGUCCUACGUUCUUCGCCAGGAAGUUUGAAGCCAGUGUUAACCAGGAGAUUGUGAACCAACUAGAUGGCUACCUGUUUGGACCCAUGCCCCAGGGGACCCCUGGCCUCCAGGCCUACUGGGAGAGUGCGUUUGACGAGGCGGAUGGGGUCGCAACCCUGAGCGACACACAGCUCACACUCUACCAUGCGUUUGCUCGUCUGGGCCUGGCCAGGGCGGCAGCAUCGCUGCAAGGAGAUCCUAAGGAUGACAGCUGCAGGUAUUUCCCCAUGGGCCACCCGGUGUCAGUGCAUCUCUACUUCCAGUCGGACCAGUUCCAAGGCUACCUGGUCCAGCACCACGCCACUAACCUGGCAACCAGCAAGCUGGAGACCCUGGAGACCUGGGUGAUGCCCAGGAAGACCUACAAGGUGGCUUCCCCUCCCAGCACCUUCACCAGGCUGCAGUUCGCUGAGAUCGGCACAGAGUGGGAUGCCAAAGAGCGCAUGUUCCGUAACUUCGGUGGUCUGAUGGGUCCCAUGGACGAGACAGUCGGGAUGCAGUGGUGGGCCAAGGGCCCCAACGUGACCGCCACCGUGGUGUGGAUCGACCCCACCAACGUCAUCGCUGCCACCUACGAUAUCCUGAUCGACGCCAGCGCAGAGUACACCCACUACAGACCCCCCCUGAACCAGCCUCUCAGGCCUGGGGUGUGGACCAUACGGGUGUUGCAUCACUGGAGCCCCGUGGCCGAGACGAGGUUUCUGAUUAGUCCGCUGGCUUAUAUGAAGCAUCAGCCUAUAAGACAAGAGGACACGCUGAAGCUCCACAACGGACCAGCCAAGAACAGUUAUAUGGAGCAGAGUUUCCAUGGCCUCAACCCCGUGCUCAACAUCCCUGUACACCUGGGCCAGGUGGAGCAGGCUAAGCGCAACGCCGCCCUGACUGGCCCCGCCUUGGAGCACUGGGUAGACGGCCUGGUGGGUGCGAUGUGGGAGGCUGGGGACGUGUGUUCCACCUCCAUGACAGGGGGACCUGGAACAUCCUGCCCCGUCAUGCAGACCUGCGCCAAGACCCCCUGGAGCUCGCUCAGCCCGGACCCCAAGUCCCAGCUGGUUCCGCCGCACACCGACGGGCGCAUCAGGUAGCAGUGGCGCCUCCGGCUGGACGGGAGGCCACACUGCCGGUCUUAAGUUUAAAUAAUUUAUUUUUUAAGUCUCCUUUUUUUUCAGUUGACGUAAUGGAUCAGAAAAGAAGAGAAAAGAUGGAAGUUGUGUUUUUUUUUAAGGUUGGUUGGAGGUUGUAGGAACGUUGAAGAGGAAGAGAAUGUCUGGGGAAGGUUCUGUGGUGUUUCAGACUCCUGAAGUCUUCCUCUUUGGGGUUUGUGCCGGCUUUGUCGUGUUCUGUUUCCCAAUGUAUUCAUUUUAAUCUCGCCGCUGAGUUUACUGUGAUUGAUGCUGUGUCCGACGUAGAGACAAAUGUUGCUUUGCCAAGCACCUAGUAAGGCCGCCUAGUCUGCUGCUAAAUGGAAGAGCGAUUGAGAAGUCAGUCAGAAGUCAGAGUGUUCGGGUGGAACAGGAUAGUCGACACUGGUAGUGGACCAAGUUCUGGGCCCGUAUUCACAAAGCCUCUCAGAGUACGAGUGCUGAUUUAGAAUCAGUUUUCUCUUUUAAAUCAUAAUGAAUAUGAUUAUAUAGACAGGGCGGGACCUGGUCCUAGAUCAGCACUUGUACUCUGAGGUGCUUUGUGAAUACGAGGCCUGCUUCUCAAGGUUGGUUUGGCCUACAUGUAGGGAGAUAGACUGAACCGCAACCUCGGAGGGUGUCGCGAAGAUGUAUCUUUAAAAAAAAAAGCUACAUUCUUUGCCUCGAUCUUUGCGUAUGACUGACAAAGUUACUAUGGCACUUAUUGACUUUCAGUGCCUGAACAGGAGAAAGGUGUGUGGGUGUGACUGGACUAUGGUGAGGCAUUAGUGCCAGUAGAAGUUGAAUUCAAUUCAUGAAUGAUUGAAACUAGAUUCAGUUCCUAUUGGCACUGAUAUCACACCAUACUGGACAGCCUGAAACUUGAAAUGAAAGUAUAUCAGCUGUGCUUUCGCAAGAAAACAGACAUUCUCAAGCUUAUUUUUUCAUUUCCUUUUCUAAGAUUUUUUGUUAAUUUGUUUUUAACGACAGUUUAUGUUGCAAGUAUGAAACAGAAUAUCUCUCAAAGUUAUUGUCGAGUGAAUGGAGUGAGUUGUCCACAAGUUGCUAUUUAUUUAUAAGUUUAUAUAAAUACAGAAUAUUUUUAGUCAAUGACUAAAUGACUACAACGCUGCUUUGGCAGCUCGAUAAAUAUUUUUUUGUAAAGAGAAACUGCCUUUAUUUACAAAGGCCAAUGCCCCAAUGAACCUGUAUACCUAUUUUGGGCGCAACAAACCUAAUGCCCGCCUGUGUGUCCGUGAUGUCCAGUCUGAAUAGCUCUUCCUGUCUUGGUUCUUUCGUUGACUGUUUGCCAAGUCUUCAUAACACGGGGAAGCACCCAGGACUGAAAGGUCACAGAAAGGUCAGCUUCCUCCUGACAACCUCCCUAACAGAGACGUAAACAAAAAAAGACAGAAACUCUCCAAAAUGUGUGUUGAAGUCAUUUCGUGGUGAUGUUACAUUUCCUACUCGGUUCCGUGUCAGUACCAGGAUGUUAGUGAUUGAUGAUGCUGUUCAUGCUGUGGCAAAAAUGGAAACAAAUAGUGAAUUAUAUCUUGUAUCUUGAUCAAGGAACUGUUGGAUUGGGCCCAGGUAACUUUGGUUUUCACCUGUUCUACUACAUGCUAAGUUAUUUUGCUGCCAUCAAGACUCUCUCUCAGAUGACCACAGUUCAAACAUAGCCUAUAGCACAGUGCCCCCUUCUCCAACCACCAUGGAGGGUAACUACGAUCUGCCGCUUCGCUUGUUUGGCUUCAACUCAAUUCUCCUCACAACCUAAUUUGGUCCCAAUUUAGAAUCCAAUCUGUGAUUGUCAACAUGAUUUGGCAGUCAAACGUGCUAAGUGAAUGUUUUCACCAGGGCUCAUCAGCGAUCAUUAGUGAGUUAAUCAAUGGCCCAAGUUCACCUUGAACCUUGUUGGAUGUAUCGAUCCUAAUAAGUGUCAGUCCUGUCACUCAAACUUGAACUGUUGUGUGUUGUUGCCAUGGUUACAAAGAAGGGCAAUUUUGCCUAUAUAGGGCUCGCCAGCUUCUAGUGCUAAAACCCAGAAGUGAGUUACCUCUGGUUCGUUCAGCCUUUCCUAUGGGGAAAGAAUGGGGUUUUGGGAUAAACACUGAAAAUAAGGUCAGAGGUUAACACAGGCUUAGGAGAUCUUAUACAGUACACUUUGUUCUAUGAGAUAAUAUCAGUCAGUUAACAUGACCUUUAUUCAUGUGCUUUUUUUAUUACAUAAAUGCUUCAAAAUUCACAAAGUGACGUUAACUGAUGAAGAUUAUCUCCUAGAACAAAACGUACAAGAUCUCCUAACCCUGUGUUUACCACAGACCUUAUUUUCAGUGUUUAUCCAAAAACCCUACAAAAUUGCCAUUCAUUUUCCCAUAGGCUUUGUCCAACAAACCAUGGCGGAUUUAGUGCCUACAAAAAGACACCAUUACUAUUUCUCUGUAUUAGCUAGCUAGCUAAUAACAUUAACAGCUAGAUGCAGAUAUGACCCUGACCUCCUUUUACUGGCAGUGCCAUUAUCACAUUGAAACAAAUACUUAAAUUGACGAAAACUUUGCCCAUUGUUCAAAAGUACAAUUAUCAUUCUCGAGAAGUGAAUUGAAAUAUGUUACUCGAUGUAAAAGUCCUAUUUUGUUACAAAAAAAUGAAGAAAAUGUACAUAAAUAUUUUGUAUUGAAAAUAUGUUUCAAACUCAUUCUAUGUAAAUACCGAUGCAGUGUGGAAAGAUUAUGAAGUGGAAUUAUAGUAAAAGAAGAACUGAUAGCUAGUGUUACUUGUUGCUAGUUGGGCACAGACUGAUUUUAGAUACAUAACCUGUUUCAAUGUUUUGGACAGAUCUAAGGAGUAAGGAAUGACUCAGAAUUGGGUAAAGCUUUUAAUAUUAUUCUUCGCCUUUCAGAGAACAUCAUGACAGAUUGUUGUUCUCUCUGCUGGAAUGUAUUGUUCAGCAACUGUUGCACAAACGUCUCUGAACUCAACGUUUCCCGAAGCUUCUGGGGAAACGUCAAAGUUUCCUAAAGUUUCAGAGGGAAACUCUGUGCCUUAGCCAUCUAUCUAUACUCCUGCCUAGGGGACUCUUCAAACGUUCUGUCCAUCUAUGAACAUUAAAUUGCUACGGUCGUUUUUACUUUCCACAAAAAGUGAAAGAAGAGCACCAAGAGUUAGUCGACGUGAUUUGAUGAAAUCUGUAACACCAAAAAAGAUGUCCGCUGUUGUAAAUACCAUGCCUUCUUGUCUUUCGCUUUUACAUUUUUGUGGAUAUUUUUUUUUUGUUGGUACAUUUUUCUGACUGCUUUUUUUUUAAUUAAAGAGCUCUC